AUGCGAUCGAGUAACCUAGCCUUACUAUUUUGUGAGGUAUUUAUUAUUAAAUCGGAAAAGUAAAUUUCUAUAUUAUAUACUUGUUUGAUACUUACAUUUAAACGUGCUACACUGGUUAGAUCCAUUUCCACCAAUGUAAAUUAAUAUUUAAUAAUAUAACACGGUUUUGCUCCGGUGAUCCCUAACUUAAUCUUAUCUUUUUUCAGUUUACGAAUUAGAAAAAAAAAAAAUGAAGAGUUAAACCGAAAUCAAAAUUUAUGAAGCUUUUUGUCACGCAAUCAUUUUCACAUUAUCUUGAUUGAGCGAAAAGAAACUCUUGAACUCCGUUUUGACAUAUCAUAAAACAAUCACGAAUUCUAUACUUUUUAUUUUUUUUCUAAUUCUUUUUUAAUUUUCUAAAAAUCAGAAAAAAAUAAAGACUAAAGUAAACAGAAAAGUUGGUCGCAAUGCAGCAAAGAUCGUAUUAAUAGAUAUUACUUAAAAUAGUUUUAAAAAUAACAACGAAUCAUAAACAGCGCUAUUUUAUCACAUACUUUAAGAUUACAUUUAAAAUCAACUUGAGUAUAAGAACAUCGACAAUCGGCCAUCGAAUUGUUUCGGUGAAUCGAGCAGUACAUAUGAAAUCCGGAGGUGAAUCGCAAGGAAAUCUCUUUUAUUUAGGAAUAAUUUGUUUGAAGACGAGAUGACAGAGAUCGAGGAAAAAAUGGAGAAAGAAACGAGCAUACGGAAUGUUUUCGUUACUUCGCUUAUCUUUACGAAUUAGAAAAAAAAAAUGAGUUAAACCGAAGCAACAUUUUGACAUUAUUUCACAUAUCUGUGCAGGUGGUGCUGCAGGAAUGUUCGUGGACAUUGCAUUGUUCCCACUAGACACACUAAAAACCCGACUGCAGAGUGCAGAAGGAUUUUUGAAGACGGGUGGUUUCACAGGUCUUUAUAAAGGAAUCUUUCCAGUUAUAGUUGGUUCAGCACCAACAUCUGCACUAUUUUUUCUAACAUAUGAAGAAAUUAAGACUAUAAUGCAACCUAGAAUUUCUCCAAAUUAUUCUACUGCACUUCAUAUGGGAGCAGCAACAGUGGCAGAAAUGGUAGCAUGUUUACUACGAGUUCCAGUGGAAGUUAUGAAACAGAGGAAACAGGCACAGAUACGUGAUAAAAAAUCAUAUAAUCUCAGGAUAUUAUAUCGUGGAUAUUGGAGUACAGUAUUGAGAGAUGCACCAUUCAGUAUUGUACAGUUCCCAUUGUGGGAAUAUUUUAAAAAAUCCUAUAGUUUUCAUUUUGAAAGAGAAAUAUAUCCUGUGGAGAGUGCAAUCUGUGGUGCAAUUGCAGGAGGCAUCUCUGCGGCUGUUACCACUCCGCUAGAUGUUGCGAAAACGAGAAUAAUGUUGUCAAACAGAAAAUUGCUCUCGUCAGAAUUAAGGCUAUUAAAUGUACUUCACGACGUAUAUCUGCAAAAUGGUUUUCGUGGGCUGUUUGCGGGUUUUGGACCAAGAAUAAUGUGGAUUACAUUAGGAGGUUUUAUUUUCUUUGGAGUUUACGAAGAAGCGAAAGUACUUACACGUACAAUAUUUCCAAUGCUAAAAUAAAAAUAUAAUUAGGCAUGUUUUUAUGUUGAAGAGUAUAUAAAUAAAUUUGUAAGCCAUCAAUUGCAUGGCUAUCACCAACCAUCAAUUAUAUUUUUUGAAACAUGUAUAAAAAUGUUUAUUUCAUUGUACAAAAUCUUCGUGACAAUAACAACAUACAAUUUAUAUGAAUAUAAUUUACGAAAGUACAAACUAUAUUCUUUAG